AUGUCCGAGGGGACAAUAAUUCUUUGGCCGAGCUCACGAAGCUGCCUUCUUGUGGCGUACGCCAAUUCAAUCCUCCAUCGCAACGCCUUCGAUAACUUUCAAAGACCUAACUCAUCAACAGCUCGAUUGCUUCACGACUACUAUUCCGAAUACAACAUGCAGCCCGGCAGACCUAAGUUGCAUCUGCACCGAUUCGACUUUCCAAACCUUAGCAUCUCAGUGUAUACAAAGCAAGUGUACGAAAUCAACAAGAUCGAAGACGAAGCCUGCGAUCGACCUACUCGAAGCCGGAAAGGCUUUCUAUUGAUACCCCUGGCGGCCGAGAUACCUGCUUGGGCAUGUCCUUGGAUCCAGCUUUAUUCAAGGUUAACCACCAGUAACAGAUUAGAGAUUGAUGACUGGAUAGUAAUGGCUGUUGGAGCUCUAUACAGCGCAUUCUUGGUGCUAGGACAAUACGUUGGUCAAAGGUCUUUUGGUGUUGACAUAUGGACUUUGGAUCCAGAUGCCUUAACCAUGUCAUUCAAGUUAUUCUACGUAAAUGAGUCCUUCUACGUAGUAACUUUGUGCUUAUGCAAAGUUUCUAUACUCUUCUUAUACCUCCGAAUUUUUCCCAGUCAACAAUUUCGCUUAGCCGUAAAUGGUGCCUUACUGUUGACGAUCCUACCUACCGUCGUAAUUAUGUUUCUACAAAUAUUCCAGUGCAUUCCGAUUGCAUACAUCUGGGAGGGCUGGCAGAAACCAAAUUACGUCGGCUACUGUUUGAACCUCAACCAUCUGACCUUCAUCUCAACUGGGUUCAGCAUCGUCCAAGAUUUAGUCAUUCUUAUCCUCCCUCUUCCUUCUUUAUUCCAGCUCAACAUUAAGAUUCGGGACAAGAUUGGGUUGGUCUUCAUGUUCAGCCUCGGCCUCUUCGUCACGGCCAUCUCGUGUCUCCGGACGCUUUACAUCAUAAAGUUCGACCGCUCCAACACCAACCCCACAUGGGAGUACGUCGAUCUCAUAGUUUGGACCGGCCUUGAGGUAGCCGUUACCAUCAUUGUGGCGUGCGUACCAGCCAUUUGGGUUCUCCUGAAGCGGUCCGUCCCGUGGCUUGCUGGCUCGGGUGGCAGCGGAUACAUGAAGACAGGGAGUGGGACAGAUAUCGAUCCCGUGGGCCAGAAGAAACCAAUAACGAAGGGCGACAUACGACAUAUGGUUCUCCUCCAUGAUAAUCAUGAUGGGAAAGAAGGCGGAGCAAUGGCUGAGUUGGCACCGCCGCCACCGGCAGCACAUUCCGCUAAGAAGAUAUGGAAGCUCCCCGACUUUGGGCUCUGGUAUUUUGGCUAUGAAUCGGCCAAAGAGCAUUGGUACGAACACGAUUGGGUCGCGUUUAUCGAGCUACCACGAAAACAAUCCUUUUUGAAGGCUUGA